AUGAAAACCAAUACGCAGGCGAGCGGCUUCGUUUUUCGAUCCACUUCCGCCUUCCUCUACCUAGCUGCCAUUGUUUGCUCUACUAUCAUGUUUAGUAUCCAUGCGUACCUCCUCGCUGCUUUUCGAGUUAGUGGCUUGCCUAUCACUAAAUAUUUGCCUGCAGCAAGUGGUAUAUCUGGAAGUGCUAUUCUCGGUUUGGUCCUACUAGGAGUUUUGGCUAUAUUGCUCGACGCCACAUAUAUAGGUGCAUUUACCUACGUGGCAUGGGCCAACCGUCUCGGGUCUGGCCGAUGUAGCAAAGAGGGGACGACACUAAUCUCUGGGAGUGGAAUAGUAGGGAGUCUAGGAAAGAACCAAGCGGAUGGCUUGCCAAACACUACAACAGCUUGUAGAUUGGAAACAACUUCUCUGGUCAUAUCCGGGCUUAUUAGCGUCAUAUUUAUGCUUCACAUUCCUGCAACAAUCUUCGCGGUGCGGCACCAGCGGUAUUUCGCCAAUCCUCAACAGAAUCAGAACCAUAUCCGAAAAAGCUUUUGCAGGUUUUGGAAAUAUAAAGUCAGCCAUACGAAACAUGUACCGAUAGACAAGAUAAAUCCCGAUGCUCUACCAAAGCAUGUAACACCAACUGAAAUCUCGGAAUUUUAUACGGUCCAGGCGGAUCCAGAGCCUCCUCUGAAAUAUUCAGCAUCCAAAAUGGCGGUGAAAGAUGAUACUUCGUAUGCCGAUAUCACUCAGGCACCUCGAUCAUCCUGUCAAGUAGCUCGAAUUGCGAAUGGUUUAGCUACAUCUACUUCGGCUAGAUAG